AUGCAAACGGACCAGGACCAGGACCAGGUUUCCAGAGGAGAGUUAGGUGGAUUCAACUCCGUGAGGCAAAGCUCCAAUGUUGUUGCAGCGGUCUCAGGACCUGAGGCCCGUAACACUGACACCAAGAAUCAUAAAGGAAGAUCCAAAAGACACUGCUGUGAUGAUUGCGAACAAGUCUUCACCACUUCAUCAAACCUGAAGAUCCAUAAGAAAACUCACAAUGGUGAUAAACCAUACAGCUGUGAUCAGUGUGGAGCGGCUUUUACCCAUAAAAGUAACCUAACGAGACACCAACAUAUUCACACUGGAGACAAGCCUUACAGCUGUGAUCAGUGUGGGGCGGCUUUUGCCGAGCAAGGUGCUCUAACGAGACACCAACGCAUUCACACUGGAGACAAGCCUUACAGCUGUGAUCAGUGUGGAACGGCUUUUGCCCAGCAAGGUGGACUAAAGCGACACCAACGUAUUCACACUGGAGACAAGCCUUACAGAUGUGAUCAGUGUGGGGAAGCUUUUGCCCAGCAAGGUCAUCUGACAAGUCACCAACGUAUUCACACUGGAGACAAGCCUUACAGCUGUGAUCAGUGUGGAACGGCUUUUGCCCAGCAAGGUGAUCUAAAGCGACACCAACGUAUUCACACUGGGGGAAAGCCUUACAGGUGUGAUCAGUGUGGAGCAGAUUUUAUCCGGCAAGGUGAUUUGACGACUCACCAACGUAUUCACACUGGAGACAAGCCUUACAGGUGUGAUCAGUGUGGAGCGGUUUUUGCCCGGAAAGGUCAUUUGACGAGUCACCAACGUAUUCACACUGGGGAAAAGCCUUACAGGUGUGAUCAGUGUGGAGCAGCUUUUGCCCAUCAAAGUAGCCUAACGACUCACCAACGUAUUCACACUGGAAACAAGCCUUACAGAUGCGAUCAGUGUGGAGCAGCUUUUGCCGAGCAAGGUGCUCUAACGAGACACCAACGUAUUCACACUGGAGACAAGCCUUACAGGUGUGAUCAGUGUGGAGCGGCUUUUGCCCAGCAAGGUGCUCUAACGAGACACCAACGUAUUCACACUGGAGAGAAGCCUUACAACUGUGAUCAGUGUGGAGUUGCUUUUGCCCAGCGAGGUCAUUUGACGAGUCACCAACGUAUUCACACUGGAGACAAGCCUUACAGGUGUGAUCAGUGUGGAACGGGUUUUGCCCGGCAAGAUGCUCUAACAAGUCACCAACGUAUUCACACUGGGGGAAAGCCUUACAGGUGUGAUCAGUGUGGAGCGGAUUUUAUCCGGCAAGGUGAUUUGACGACUCACCAACGUAUUCACACUGGAGACAAGCCUUACAGGUGUGAUCAGUGUGGAGCGGUUUUUGCCCGGAAAGGUCAUUUGACGAGUCACCAACGUAUUCACACUGGAAACAAGCCUUACAGGUGUGAUCAGUGUGGAGCAGCUUUUGCCCAUCAAAGUAGCCUAACGACUCACCAACGUAUUCACACUGGAAACAAGCCUUACAGAUGCGAUCAGUGUGGAGCAGCUUUUGCCGAGCAAGGUGCCCUAACGAGACACCAACGUAUUCACACUGGAGACAAGCCUUACAGGUGUGAUCAGUGUGGAGCGGCUUUUGCCCAGCAAGGUGCUCUAACGAGACACCAACGUAGUCACACUGGAGAGAAGCCUUACAACUGUAAUCAGUGUGGAGUUGCUUUUGCCCAGCGAGGUCAUUUGACGAGUCACCAACGUAUUCACACUGGAGACAAACCUUACAGAUGUGAUCAGUGUGGAGUGGCUUUUGCCCGGCAAGAUCAAAUGACGAGACAUCAACGUAUUCACACUGGUGAGAAACCAUACAGAUGUGAUCAGUGUGGUGCGGCUUUUACCCGACGAGGUCAUCUACAGAGUCACCAACGUAUUCACACUGGAGACAAGCCCUACAGGUGUGAUCAGUGUGGAGUGGCUUUUGCCCAGCAAGGUAACCUAACGACUCACCAACGUAUUCACACUGGAGACAAGCCUUACAGGUGUGAUCAGUGUGGGGCGGCUUUUGCCUGGCCAGGUGCUCUAACGAGUCACCAACGUAUUCACACUGGAGACAAGCCUUACAGAUGUAAUCAGUGUGGAGUCGCUUUUGCCCAGCAAGGUGUUUUAACGAGACAUCAACGUAUUCACACUGGAGACAAGCCUUACAGAUGUGAUCAGUGCGGAGUUGCUUUUUCCCGGAAAGGUGAUUUGACGAGUCACCAACGUAUUCACACUGGAUUCAAGCCUUACUGGUGUGAUCAGUGUGGAGCAGCUUUUGCAGAGCAAAGUAACCUAACGAGUCACCAACGUAUUCACACUGGAGACAAGCCUUACAGAUGUGAUCAGUGCGGAGUGGCUUUUGCCGAGCAAGGUACUCUAAAGAGACAUCAACGUAUUCACACUGGAGACAAGCCUUACAGCGAGUGGCCGCAAGUUUUCUGAGCCCAAAGAAGAGCCGAACCAGGGACCCUGCAGGCCUCGACGCGAACGCCUUUGGACCGACCUGGAGCUGAAGGAGGCCCAGCUGCUGUGCCCAUGUAUUCCCCUCAUCCACACUGGUCCUCAUCUGGACCAGGAGAGAGAGAGAAAGAGAGAGCAGCUCUUUAUCAGGAUCCCCUGCUGAG